AUGGAUAUUAUAGAGACAGCAAAACUCGAGGAACAUAUGGAAAAUCAAACCAAUGAUCCCGCAAAUACUUACACAAGACCUGCCGAGCCUGUUGAAGAAGAAAACAAAAAUGGCAACAGUAAACCUAAGAGCUUAUCCAAUGGGUUGCGAAAGGGCACCAAAAAGUACCCGGACUAUAUCCAAAUUGCUAUGCCCACUGAAUCAAGGAACAAAUUUCCCCUGGAGUGGUGGAAAACAGGGAUCGCCUUUGUGUACGCUCUUUUCAACCUUGUCUUAACAACCGUCAUGAUCACAGUUGUGCACGAAAGGGUGCCUCCCAAGGAGCUCAGCCCUCCGCUACCAGACAAGUUUUUUGAUUACAUUGAUCGGGUAAAAUGGGCAUUUUCUGUAUCAGAAAUAAAUGGGAUUAUAUUAGUUGGAUUAUGGAUCACCCAGUGGCUGUUUCUGAGAUACAAGUCAAUUGUGGGGCGCAGAUUCUUUUUUAUCAUUGGAACUUUAUACCUGUAUCGCUGUAUCACAAUGUAUGUUACUACUCUCCCUGUGCCUGGAAUGCAUUUCCAGUGUGCCCCAAAGCUCAACGGAGACUCUCAGGCAAAAGUACAACGGAUUCUACGGUUGAUUUCUGGUGGUGGAUUGUCCAUAACUGGAUCCCAUAUCUUGUGUGGAGACUUCCUCUUCAGUGGUCACACCGUUGUGCUGACACUUACUUAUUUGUUCAUCAAAGAAUAUUCGCCUCGUCACUUCUGGUGGUAUCAUUUAAUCUGCUGGCUGCUGAGUGCCGCCGGGAUCAUCUGCAUUCUUGUAGCACAUGAACACUACACUGUCGACGUGAUCAUUGCUUAUUAUAUUACAACACGGCUGUUUUGGUGGUACCAUUCAAUGGCCAAUGAAAAGAACUUGAAGGUCUCUUCACAGACUAAUUUCUUGUCUCGAGCAUGGUGGUUCCCCAUCUUUUAUUUUUUCGAGAAAAACGUACAAGGCUCAAUUCCUUGCUGCUUCUCGUGGCCACUCUCCUGGCCCCCUGGCUGCUUUAAAUCCUCAUGCAAAAAGUAUUCACGGGUUCAGAAAAUCGGUGAAGAUAAUGAGAAAUCUACCUGA